AUGCGUUAUUCCCAACAACUGGAACACAUUGACCCACUCGACGAAGGCGUGCGUAGAGAACUCUUGUCAGAAAAGUUCACCGUUCUACCUCAUUCUGCUGACCCUUCAGAGCCAACCGUCCUUUUAUUUUCUGUCCGCCGACAUUGGCCCCCGAAUAGCACCGACAGGGACGUUCUCAAGGGCAUACUCUACCAGUUGGAUGCUGCCCUCUUAGAGUGA